GGUCAAAAGGGUUGAUUGUGAGGGGGAUGGUAGACCAAAUCGGGAUUCUAUUCCACAAAGCGAUCGGGGGGUUUCUGAGCCACUGCGGGUGGAACUCGAUAAUGGAGAGGUUGGCGGCGGCAGUGCCGAUUCUGGCGUGGCCAAUGAUGUCGGAGCAGAAGCUGAAUGAGAAAUACAUAUCGGAAGGACUAGGCAUUGGGAUUGCGAUUGAAAGAGGGGAAAAUGGGGGCCGAUAUGCUUCUCGAGAAAAAAUCAGUGCGAGUGUGAGAGAAUUGAUGAUCGGAGAGAAGGGGAAGAGGGCGAGAGAAAGGGCCGGAGAAUUGGCAAGGGUUGCCCAGCGGGCGGUGCAGGACGGCGGUUCGUCGGAUGCGGCUCUGAUGAAAAACUUGGAAUUAAAUUACGGAGUUCCCCCGCCAGAAGAAUAUGAAUAAAUAAUAAAGCUG